AUGGUGCAGACGCGAGCGCAGGCCGCGGCAGCAGCGCCUGCUCGCAGAGCGUCUCCGUCCCCGGCGAGGAUCGGGAAGAAGGCCUGUCGUCCUUCUCCUGCUUCGGACGUCCAAACAGUGGGUGCGCCUGCAGCGCGGAAGGUCACUCCGAAGACGCCUGGGCGCGCGCGUCGCGGCCCGCCCCAGCGUGCGAAAGAGGCGAAGGAAGUCGCCAUCCGCGGAGGAAAAGAGACUCCGCCGGUGGACGACGGCGUUGCCGGGGAACCCAGACAGGCUGGCAGACGCGAGAAUCCGACUCCACGCAAAAGUUCCCUCUCGACUGCCCGCGCAAACGCGCCAGAGGAGCGACGAGGCGGAAGCCACACGCGGAAGCAGGUGGACGGCGGGGGCGGCGCGUCGCCUGAAGGCCAUGUGGAAAGGAAGGCAGCAAGACCGGCGAGGAACCAGAACGAAGGCGAGGAGGAUUUGAAAGAAGAUAGAAAUGCAUCGACUAGCAACUUCUGGUCUGCCCUCUCUUUCCGUCUCCACUUUUCCAGGAAAGGAAGUCAGGCUUCGCAUGCGCCUCAGUGCGAGGCCUCUGUGUCGACGGUCGCGACGCUCGGUUCCUCGCAACUUUCUCCGUCCUCCGUGUCUUCUCUGUUUGCAAGUCCGACGCAGCUCUCAGAACAUGGAAGCAGGCAAUUCACCGCGAUUCUCCCGCCGCCCGCCUCCCCUACUCACACCCUUCGUGCUCCUUUCCCCUCGAUCUCUCUCCCUCACUCUCCUCCUCACUCUCCUCCACACUCUCCUCCCCUCUCUUCUCCCCUCUCUUCCCCACACUCUCCUCCCCUCUCUUCUUCUCUCUCUUCUUCCUUUUCUUCGACGUGGUGUCGGACGGCGUCGCUGUUUGCCUCUUCGUCUCGGCGCGUGUCUGCGUCGGGGGGUCUUUCUCGGUGUUUUUUCCAGCAGUUUCUCCUCACGUUCUUCUGCUACAGUUCGCUGUACCUCACGCGCAAGCCUUUCGCCUCGACUCGGGCUCUGCUCCAGCGGGAGCUGAGCCUCUCGACGGCUGACAUGGGGUGUAUCGACACCGCCUUCCUGGGGAUGUACGCCUUCACGCAGUUGGUGCUUGCAGCCCCCCUUGCCGCGCGCUUCGCCAAUGCAUUCCGGGUCUUCUUUCUCCUCGCUUUUUCUCUCUCCAGCGGCUCCUGUCUCUUCCUCGCCUUCGCGCCGCCGCCUCUCCUCCGGCUGCCUCCACUUCUCUUCGUCUGGGCGUUGAACGGCGCAGCACAGGCUCUCGUCUUUCCUUUCCUCGUCUCUGUUCUUCGUCAGUGGCUGCGUCACCUUCCCGGCGGAGGCGGCGGGGCCUUCGGUUUGUGGUCGACUUGCCAGCAAGUCGGCAGCAUGGGCGCGUCAUUCCUCGCGGCCGAGUUGAUGAGUUCUUCCUCUCUGUUUCUGCUUCUCCUUCCCCUCCCGGAGCCGCGGGCGCCAUGGCGCCUCGUCUUUCUUGUGUCAGGUCUCUGCGUGCUCUGCUCGGGGUGUCUGCUCUUCUUCUUCCUCCUUGAAAGCCCGGCCGCGCUCUGCGCAGAAGUCGAGGGCAGCGGAAGCCGCGAGCGCUCCCCCAAAUCCGCAGGUGUCGAUACACUCCAGCUGCAAGCACCUCGCAGAGCAGCUGCGAGCGCCGAGCGCGAGGCGACGCCUGCGGAGCCGCGACGCAGGUUUGGAGAGCCUAACAGGCGGCUUGACGGAGCGGGCGGCGACGAACAGUCGCGGACUGCAAAGGAUACGCGCGCGGAGCGUGGAAGUCGGAGAGAAGAAGCGGCCUCCAAUGCACUCAAGCCGUCUGCGGGUCAUCUGCUCUGGAAGGCGGCGAGAGUCCCAGGUGUCGGCGAACUCUGCGCCGCCUACUUCUGCAUGAAACUCGUGCGCUACCUCUUGAUCAACUGGCUACCUCUCUUCCUCCAAACUCACCUGCUUCUCUCGCCACGACAAGCAACCUGGGGAUCGAUUUUCUUCGAAGCUGGCGGCGUCGCAGGAGCUGUGCUCGUCGGGUUCCUGGCCGACCGGCUUUGCUCGGGUCGACGAUUCAUGGUCAUCACGCCGCUGUGUGUGCUGGCGGCAGGCUGCGCGUUCCUGCUUGCUGGCGGGGAGUCCGGCGCUUCGAGCCAGCUGUCUGUACACAUCCAGGUGCUGCUCUUCUUCCUGGGCGCCUGCGUUGCUGGGCCUGACAGCGUAUUAGGUGGAAUGGCUGCUGCGGAUGUCUGCUCCGAUGAGGAGCAGAGAGCACAGAAGGACGAGGGAGAAGAACGCAGAGAAACACGCGAACAGGACCAGCAGCAACUCGCCGCAACGGCCUCUUGCCUCGUCAACGGCAGCGGGAGCCUUGGGUCGAUUCUGCAAGGCUCCGCGACGCCGCUUAUCGUCUCUCACUACGGGUGGCGCGGCGUCAUCCUCGCCCUGGCUGGCACCUGCGGGGCUGCUGCCAGUGCCCUUCUGCCGCUUCUUGCAAGAGACGUUUCUCAGGUCUUCUCUAAACGCAGGACCGCGGGAAGAAGCAAACAGUGA